GAUGCGGCAGAUCCUGCUUCCGCAUUGACUGCGCUGCUGAAUGUCAAUGCGGGAGAAUGAAUAACUCCAAAUGUGAUAUUAGUUACAAACGAAGGAGCCCAACACGCAUUAUACGAUGCAUAUACGUGGUCGGAUUCAUGGACCUUUUUGGGGUCAGUAUGAUCAUUCCUUUGUUGAGUCAUCAUGUCAAGUCUCUAGGAGCCAGCCCAACAGUGGCUGGGAUUGUAGGAUCUACUUAUGGAGUGUUGCAACUCUUCUCCAGCACUGUGGUUGGAGGUUGGAGUGAUGUGGUAGGAAGGCGCUAUUCACUACUGACUUGCCUUUUGCUCAGUGCCUUUGGUUAUGGCCUGCUGGGUCUGUCUACGAGUAUUGCACUUUUUGUGCUGGCCAGGAUCCCAGUGGGGCUUUUUAAACACUCCUUGUCGAUCUGUCGAGCGUUGUUGUCUGAUCUCGUGUCAGAGAAAGAGCGCCCUCUAGUGAUGGGCCACUUUAAUGCUGCUUCAAGUGUGGGAUUCAUCCUGGGUCCAGUGGUGGGCGGCUACCUCACCGAAUAUGAAGGAGGUUUCUACCUGUCCUCGUUCGUCUGUGCAUCCAUUUUUAUUUUAAAUGCAGGUUUGGUCUGGUUGUUACCAUGGAAUGAGACACUAAAUCACUGUAUAGAUGCUAAUGCUAAUAGCAAUUCAAAAACUAACAAAUCCAAUAAUGGGUUAAACAAAUUAGCCCAGCAGAACUCCUCUGAUAAAAACCACAUUCAGCACCUUAGUGCAUCUGCAGACUGCCGUCAAUCAAAUCAAGACUGGAGCUGCUGGGCCACGUCUCUGUUCCAGCAGGUCUGGAGACAGCUGACCUCAGUAUGGAUACAGAUCUGCAUGGUGGCGUCGUCCGACAUGUGGGAUGUAUUCCUGCUCCGUCUUUUAAUGGCUCUAGCUAUCAUGCUGUACUACAGUAACUUCUCCUUAGCCAUGGAGGAACGCUUUCAGCUCAAGCCAAAGGUGACCGGGUACCUGAUAAGUUACAGCAGUACACUUGGGGCCCUUGCUGGCUGUUUGGUGGGGCCCGUCACCCACCUCUAUGACAACAACAUUUCCGCUUUAUUGCUUCACUCUACCAUGCUCACCUGUACAUUGAUCUUCCUGUACGCCACAGCACCCAAUAUCUGGCAGGUCUUGCUCACCUCCACGUUCUUUGCCAUCUCGACCAACAUUGGACGCACUUGCAUCACUGAUUUGGAGCUGCAGCGCGGUGCGGCACACGCCAGUGGGACGUUAAUAGGGGCGGGGCAGUCGGUCACAGCUGUGGGAAGGGUACUAGCACCGCUGCUGUCCGGUCUGGCUCAAGAAUUCAGCCCCUGUGGACCUCCAAGUUUGGGGGUUGUGCUUGCACUGGCAGCUGUGGGUUUGCUGCUUGUAAGGACUCCUAAAUGGGAUAACAAGACAAAAGUGAAGGGACAUUAACUAUAAGAGAAAGAAGAAAUCUACUGUUGGUGAAACGCGUUUAAAGUGAAGAAAAGAUAAAGGACUGUAAUGGCAGCUGUCUUUUUUCCUCUCAGGUCAUGUGAUCAGUGUUGUAGGACUUCCGGGAUGUCUUGGAGUCAUGGCAUUAAUGUGGGACAUUUUCUGUAAGGAUGCUUCCGGAGCUGCCAUGAUGACAGAAAGCAAGAGUGAAUGCAGAGCUGAUAGAUGAAACACCAAAUUAUUUUGAUAGUGUCAGAAAUACAUUUUUGCACAUCAAAAGUCAUUUUAACGUACUAUUUUACAUUUUUGAAUGUCUUUAUAUUCUCAUUAAAUAAGUUACAGUAUACAGUAAAUUAUUUUACAGUAAGUUACAACAUUUUUAAAUGUUACAGCAACUUACCACUUUUUAAUAUUUUAACCACUAAGGGUCAGUUUCUCGGACAAGGUUUAGAUUAAUCCAGAACCAGGCCUUUGUUAUAUUAGGACAUUUAAGUAGUUUUUACAAAUAAACCUUACAAAUAACACUACUAGUGUGCAUCUUGAGACAAAACAAUGCAUUUUAGUCUGGGACUAGGAAAAGCCCUGUCCAGGAAACCACCCCUAAGUAAAACAGACUGUAAAGCCAGUUUCAUUCUACCAAAAAUUUAAGGCAGCAAAAAUUUACAAAUAACCAUAAAUGGGACCUUUAUUCAUUUAAAUACUUAUGUGUUUCCUUGGCAAACUCAAAACUUUCUGUCUAAAUUUCAGCUACCAAUAUGAAAGAUAUACUGUAUCCCUGAUUUCACAGACAAGGCUUAAGGCUAGUCCUAGACUAAAACACAUGUUUUAGCUGUCUCAACUGAAAAUAACUUGCCCCGACAGAUGUUCAAUACCUAAAAUAUCUUGAAUUUUUUACUUAAAGUUGGCGUUACUAAUUGAAGUUACUUUUUAAGUUGAUCCAACCUUUUACAGUGUAGUAAAGUACAUGCUCCCAAGCGAGCACAGAGUUAAAGUCAUGUAAAUAAAAUUGAAAGAAAUGGCUUGAAAUUGCUGACGUAUUAAGCUAAAGUGUUCUCCACAGUGGCGGUUCUACACGGAGGCCAAGGGUGGCCCGUGCCUCUGUAGACAUGUCCCUGGCCACCCCUGUGGCCACCCCGUGCUGACCAAAUAAAAAAGUAUAAAUGUAUUUUGAUUUUACACGCGAGCGCCAAAAGCGGAACUAAUGCGACGCAACGUUCUACACGGGCAAAUUAGAGCGGCGCACCCAGUCACUGUAGCCGCCUGCGUUUGCUGCGAGUGCUGCUCGGCGAGUGUCUCAAUUCAUUCCCAAUCUCCUGAUGUUGAGAAUGUGUAUGCAGGUCUGGGCACUGGUAGGGACUCUAGCUCACUUGACAUUGGGACACUGUUCACUUGUUCUCCUGUGACGUAGCUGCUUAAGCGCGUUGUGAUCAUUCACAGCUGUUAUUCAUCAACAACCGGCAAAACCAACAUCUCGCUAAACUUUUUAAAGUUUACACAUUGUAAAAAGCGCUGUAAUUAUGCUCUUACUUAUACGUGCAUAAAAUUGUAGGAAUAUAAUUAAAUGUUACAUAUAAAAAUGUUUACAAUUUAAUAUUAUUAAAUAUUAUUUAAUAUUAAUAUUAUUAAUAUUAUUUUAAAUACUGAUUAGAUUGUGGUCCCUAAAUGUCUAGCAAUGUAUAUUUAUAUGUAAACUAAAACAAAUGUUUGUCUUUAUAAAAGUUUGCAUUUUAUAAAGUUUAUUGAGUAGGCUUGCAUGAUUUUCGGUUGAGGGGCUUUAGAAAAGAGCCAAGCUUCCCUUUUGCACCUGUACUCACUCUUGUAUUAAAUAAAUAUUUAUAUAAUUGCAAAGUAAAAUAAAGUUU